AUGUCGUUCAUCGCCCGCCGCGCUUUUUCGACGUCCGUCCGUCGGCUGUCCUCGGACGAGGCCCUGAAGAAGGAUGCCAGGCGCAACCCCGAGCUGCUGAUUCUCGGCGGCGUCAUGGUUGCCGUGCUCGGCGGUGCCGGCUUCUACUUUGGCCGCUCACCCACUCAGGCCACGGCCGAGACCCCCGUGCUCAAGGCCGGCAUGCCGUGGGAAACCGGCUCCACCGGCAGCAAGUACCGCUACCACCCCGGCGGUGACGCCGGCGCAGACCCCAAGGACGCCCCGAGCGCCGUCAACGUCGUGAUCGUUCCGGAUGUCAACCUGCCCAAGAGCCUGCACGACAAGUACAACAAGUGGGGCAAGGACGGCUAUUAA